GGUCAAGUUGAAGGAUGGUGUGGCAUUUUUGGGAGCGAGGGCCAGCAACCCUGUUCAGUGGACAGUUAGUCAAGAUGUCAGGAGCGAGGGACACAGAGUGGUCACUCUGCACUGUCGUAGGAAGGAAGCCAACUUCGGAAAAAGGGUGGAGUCCGGUUUCCAGAAAGUUCUUCAGGUGGAUCUGGAGGUCAACGGGUUGUUGGAUCCUCUGGGAAGUCGCUCAGUGACAUGGCAGAUCGAGUACCCCAUCUCCCGAACCCUUUCGGAUGAGAUCCAGACACUCAUCCGUCUGGCACCUCAUGACCUAGGGGGAAUCGUGCCAUUGUCUAUGGAGACAGAGAUCCUUAACACCGCAGUGCUCACCGGGAAAACUGUUGCCAUGCCAGUGAAGGUGGUCACUGUUGGAACCGAAGGUACUGUGACCGAUGUGACAGAGUCGGUGGAAUGUCGCUCGACGGAUGAGGACGUGGUUAAGGUGUCCGAAAGGUGCGAUUAUGUGUACGUCAACGGCAAGGAGACGCGUGGGAGGGUGAGGAUGAUGGUGAACUUCACCUACAGUUACCUCAGCGCUCAGCUGGAGGUGAGCGUAUGGAUGCCACGACUCCCCCUGCAGAUCGAGAUGUCCGAUCCAGAGCUUAGCCAGAUCAGGAGCUGGAGAGUUCCUGUAGAUGCUGCCAACCAGAGGUCUGGAGAGGAUGAUGGGGAUGAAGGAGCCAAGAAGGAUCGGAGCUGUGGUCCACAGUACCAGAGCACCACCGUCCGUGUGCUCACACACUUUGAGGCAGAGCCAGAGGAAUGGCAGGGCCAGCCAGACUUCCUCUUGGGCAGUGAUUGGCAGGUGGACGUGACAGAGUUAGUGAGAGACUCUUUAAGGGUGGUGGAUGAACGCUUGGCCAAGCUGUCAGAAGAACAGGUCCUCGUCGGUCUGAACACAGGCAUCACCAAGGUUCAGGUGAUGUCCCCAUUGUCAGACUCUGUUCUGGCUGAGAGGAUGAUCCGAGUUCUGGAUGAUAAAGUCAGUAUUACAGAGCUGGGCGUGCAGCUGGUUUCUGGCCUUUCCUUGAACCUUCAACUCAGCCCAGGAAGCAACAGGGCCAUUGUGGCCACAGCUACCACACAGGAGACCAUGCACAGUGUAAAUCAGGAGUCCCUUGUCAGUGCGUGGCUUCAGUUCAGCGAUGGCUCCAUGACCCCUCUUGACCUCUAUAACCCUGCUCAUUUCGUCCUUACGGCCACCUCGCUGGACGACCAGGUGGUGUCAGUGAAGAAAAGCACCAACUGGAGGUGGCCAGUGGUGUUGGCUAGGGGUGAAGGUCAAGGCAUGUUGGUCCGUUUGGAGAUGUAUGGACCCGAAUCGUGCCAAAAAACCAAACGGCGCACAGUUCUGGCCGCAGGCAACGCAAACGUCCAUGUGAAGUUUGGCCGUGAUGAAGAGACCGGAAACAGCGCGAGCGACAGGAGAUACAGGCCCAAUGCCCCAUACUACGGCGGUUCGAUCUCAGACAUGGAGGCUGGAAUCAUGAACCGAGGCGCUACCACCGUCAAAACCUCCAUUCCAGGAAAAGCAAGCGGCGACAGGCUCUCAGCUGGUGAUAUUCCGGUGGAUUUCUCUGAUUUCCCAGCUCAAGCAGACCUUCCACCUGGACGUAACGCAGAGGACGACCUGCUGCAGUCUCGCCGUGGGCUUACAGACCUGGAAAUAGGCAUGUAUGCCCUGCUAGGUGUCUUCUGCCUGGCCAUCCUGGUAUUCCUAAUCAAUUGCGUCUCCUACGCCCUCAAAUAUCGCAACAAGCAGCUCCCAUUGGAGGGCCAGGAGACCAUGGCUCACGCCCACGACUGGGUUUGGUUAGGCCAUGACGCUGAGCUGUUGGAAAGCCAGGCGGGUUUGUGUCUGGAUCAAGAGGAGUUGGGCGGCACCAUGGACUCUGGGCUGGGCCUGGAGGAAGAUAGCCAGCUCCUCAAUGGCCUUUCAUCUCAGAAGAGUGUUCAAGGCCAGGUCCACAGGUCGGCCUCGGACUCGGGGUGCACUGGAAGAGAUCACAAGACCGAGUCCAUAAACUCACCCACUACCAAAAGGAAACGGGUCAAGUUCACCACUUUCAGCCAUAGCAAGCCCAGCAAUGGCUGCCCAUCCAUAAGCCCGCUUCUCAUUGGUCAGAACGACAUCAAAUGGGUAUGCCCAGACAUCGAGCUCGGGGACUCCAAAGAGCUCCGAAAUUACAUGGAAAGGUUAAACGAAAAUGCUACUAAGAACAUCGCAUAAUGGGCUUGUAGUUAUGUAUGUUUCAGACA